AUGGACAUCGAUGUACGUCCCAGGAAGAAGAGACGUUUCUUCACUGACGACUCUGAAAAUCUACCCGAACGCGUCUCCUCCCCCACGAAUGCAUCCAGCCGACCAACUUCCGCCACCUCGUCUACCGGCCGCGACCCCGAAUCCUUUCCAGCGCACCCGUCUGAUGUCCAAACCGCGGUCGACAGCGAGAAAUCUCGAGCCUUCGACGCUGACACAUUUCGCGCGGUCGUUGGAGAGGAAGUUUCUCAAGAUGUCGUGGACCAGGUGGAGGCUGCCUCCAAUGGAGACAUCGAGCAAGCAAUCAACAUGUACUUCGAUGGGUCGUGGAAAACCGCUGCCGCUUCGCAGUCGAGGACAUCACUUCCUUCAAGAAGUGUAGACUCGUGGCUGAAUGCACCUGCUUCCUCUAGUGGUAAUGUCGCCCUGCCUCCGCAAGCAAACCGGAAAGACCCCGGCUCGAAGGCGGUCGCGCUGGCAACAAUGCCCACUGAACGGUAUGUUGGGUCGUUCGGCGUGGGAGCAUGGAUGACAAAAGGCGGUACAGGGCUAUUGGCUCAUGGUGAGUCGGUGAGGAUAGAGAGAUCAAAGAUCGCUCCCAAGACGAAAAUUGGAAGAGGCGGCAAACUUGUGACCGUAGUCGGCAGGAAUCAAAAGGCCGAUGUGAUCACACGAUUUACAAACAUGAAAGGGGAGGAGCUUGGUCGCCUCCCCGAGGAGACGGCCUCCUGGGUGUCAUCUUUAUUAGACCAAAAGAUCUGCCGCUUCGAGGGGACCUGUGUCUUUGCGCCUGACCGUGUCCGAGUCAAUGACACAAUCUACCUGCAGCUUCGUGCGUAUCUGCUCAAAACAGCUUUUGAGGCAAACACUUUCGUCAAGCCAAAGGAUGACAAUCGCGCGACAGGGUUCUUCGAAGAGAAGGAGAGCACGGAAGAAAAAGAUCUUCGUUUGCGGCAAGUGGCUCUCGUCAAAUUAUUUGAGGAAGUCAACCUCAAUCCGACUACAACGAGUGAGACAACUGCGAAGCACAAGAAGCAGGGACUCCUGAGAGCUGCUGAAAUGGCAGAGCAGUAUGACAAAGACAAGGAAGCCAAGGGCAAGUCAGGCGUUUCGACGCCCGUCUCUGAGGACGAGGAAGGAGAAGAGCUAGAAGAAGACCAACUUGAUACGCUCUACCAGAAAGCACAGUCAUUUGAUUUUAAUACACCAGAGGCCAAUCCGGAACCAACUUUCCGGUUGGAACUACGAAGAUAUCAGAAACAGGCCUUGCACUGGAUGCUCAGCAAAGAACGAGAUGAAAAGUCAGACAAGCAACAAUCAAUGCAUCCACUUUGGGAAGAGUAUACCUGGCCCACGAAAGACGCAAACGAUGAAUUGCUUCCUGUAAUUGAAGGACAAGACAAGUUUUACGUCAACCUCUACUCUGGGGAAAUCAGUCUAGACUUCCCUGUCCAAGAACAAAACUGCUUGGGAGGCAUUUUGGCCGACGAGAUGGGCCUGGGCAAGACGAUUGAGAUCUAUAGCCUGAUUCACUCCAACCGCUCACAGAUUGAUCUGGAUGCCGCCGGUCAGGCCAUAACAACUGUCAAUCAUCUCCCCAGACUGCCUCAAUCGUCAACAUCAGUCGAACCAGCCCCAUGUACCACGUUAGUUGUCGCGCCUAUGUCCUUGUUGGCACAGUGGGAGAGCGAAGCGGUCAAAUGCUCGGCACCCGGCUCUCUAAGGACCAUGGUCUACUAUGGCAGCGAGAAGUCGGCCAAUUUACAGAUUCUUUGUUCUGCCGCAAAUGCACCCUCUGCCCCAAACGUCAUCAUCACCAGUUACGGCACGGUCCUCUCAGAAUUUGGCCAGGUGUCGGCUGCUGGAGGCGAUCGUGCAUCUCAUGGCGGCCUGUUCUCCGUCGAUUUUCAUCGGGUCAUUCUUGACGAGGCCCAUACCAUCAAAAACAGACAGGCAAAGACAUCCAAGGCGUGUUAUGAGAUUAAGGCAAAGCACAGAUGGGUCCUGACGGGAACACCCAUCGUCAACCGCUUGGAGGAUUUGUUCAGCUUGGUUAGAUUCCUCAAAGUCGAGCCUUGGAGUAACUUUUCGUUUUGGAAAACGUUUAUUACGGUGCCGUUUGAGUCAAAGGAGAUUGCACGAGCCCUCAAUGUUGUUCAGACUGUCCUGGAGCCUCUCGUGUUGAGAAGAACGAAAGACAUGAGAACCCCGGCGGGCGAAGCGCUUGUACCGCUUCCGCCGAAGUCCGUCAUUGUCGAAGAAGUCGAGCUCUCAAAGACGGAACGCGAGGUAUAUGAUUUGAUUUUCACACGCGCCAAGCGUGCUUUUAAUGAGUCCGUGGCUGCCGGCACUCUGCUAAAGUCGUACACGACAAUCUUUGCACAGAUUCUACGCCUCCGGCAGUCUUGCUGUCAUCCCGUCCUUACUCGGAACAAGGACAUCGUGGCGGAUGAGGAGGAUGCUGCUGUUGCGGCUGCGGCUGAUGAGAACGGAUUUGCCGAUGACAUGGAUUUGCAAGAACUGAUAGACCGGUUCACCAAAGAUAGCGACCUUGCAGAAAAGGAAAAUCCCGCACCGAGAGACCCCAUCACAACAUUCACCACCAAUGCCUUGCGCCAAAUCCAAGACGAAUCAAGUGGCGAGUGUCCGUUGUGCUAUGAAGAGCCUAUGAUCAACCCUGCCGUUACUACAUGUUGGCACAGUGCUUGCAAAGAAUGUCUGGAGAAGUUGAUCAAGGUGCAGACGGACAAAGGAGAAAUCCCUCGCUGCUUUUCUUGCAGAGAAACCAUCAACCCAAGAGAUGUUUUUGAAGUUGUUAAGCACAACAGUCCAUCUGCGGGCUCUGAUUCAGAGGGAGACAUGUACGGGGCCGAUGAGGGUGUUACGAGACCUACCAGAAUCUCGCUCCGUCGGUUACAUCCCUACUCACCGACUGCUUCGACGUCAGCAAAGAUUGCGGCGCUGCUGCAGCAUCUGUCCGCCCUACCACGAGCUACUAAAUCAGUGGUGUUUUCGCAGUUCACGUCCUUCCUUGACCUUAUCGCUCCACAACUCACCAAACACGGCUUCUCAUACCUCCGGUUCGAUGGCACCAUGUCACAAAAGGUACGAGCACAGGUCAUUCGGGCGUUUAAUACGGAGAACACAUCCGACCCCAAAGCGCCUCGCAUCUUACUGCUUUCUCUCCGGGCUGGCGGAGUGGGAUUGAACCUCACGGCAGCGAGUCGGUGCUAUAUGAUGGACCCUUGGUGGAGUUUUGCGGUGGAAGCACAGGCUAUCGAUCGAGUGCACCGCAUGGGCCAGACGCAGAAGGUAGAGGUGAUUAGGUUUGUGACAAAGGAGAGCAUUGAAGGCAGGAUGCUUCGGGUGCAAGAGAGAAAGAUGGCGGUUGCAGGAAGCCUGGGUGUCGGCCAAUCAGGGGCCGGUGAAAACGAAGAGGAGAGAAAGAAGAGACGCAUCGAAGAGCUUGAGAUGUUGCUUGGUUGA